AAGGGCGGACUCUUCCAAUUCUCCCGCCACGCGAUUAACCGGAUAGCCCGUUGCUUUCGCCGGAACGUUUCGGAUGAUAAAUACGGUAUUUAUCCGAGCGAUAAUCGAAGUAAAAUUGCCUGUUGAGUUUCACGCACGGGAGAAAGAGCGAGAGAUCGCGUUAAUUAUUAAUCAGCUCAGAUGUUUGUCGAUCGAAUAUUUGCGAGUGUCUCGCUGUUUGCAGUCGUUAUCGCGUCCCACGUUCCACGUUGACGGGACUGAGAGAAUUAUGUGCGUAACGAGGAGGCUGUUCGCUCGUCGGUAAAAGCAAGAAUAUAUCGCUAAGGACAGGAUCCAACGACGACGUUCCUCGGAUUCCUUAAGAUCGUCGAUUUGUGCCAUGAGACGCCGUUCCUCGGCCCUGAGGAAGGAGAGCAGCGUUCAUUUCGUACUUCCGUGUUGACAAAUUUCUCUUCGAACAAGAUAACCUCGCAAAGGACGGAUUUUGCCGCAGCUUUCUAUCCCAUAUCCUCAAGUAAGAUGUCAUUGAUCGAAGGAGUGGGCGAUGAAGUCACAGAUUUCUUCAUUGUCAUGACCAUAUUGUUGGUGGGAUGGCUUGCUUGGUGUUCAACAAGUAUAGCGGAUCAGCCACUGAUACGUACAGUACUUAUCCUACGGGACCGAGCGCCUACACGUAUCACUUCAAUAAGAGCUAAUCAUCAGAGCACAAGUAAUCUUAGUGUCCAAGAUGUUAGUCGACCUCACAGGUCAGAAACAGCAGAAGAAGAAGCACUAGAAACAACUUCGAAUAGUGGCGAUAGUAUACAGGCAAACUGUCCAACUGCAGCUGUCGUAGAUACGAGCGAAUUGUCUCAAGAUGUAUCGAGACCAACGGAAUCUACGACGGCGGAAGAAGUACUUAUUGAAGCCAUGGAUUCGUUCAGCAAUGCUGAUCGAUCACUGUUACAAAGAACAGUCAAGGCAGAUAAUUCUGACUCGGCAUUGGACCAAACUACUAGUAAUUCAUCAGAAUGUAUGUCAGAAGGAUCAACCUUAAGUGAUAGCAGCAAUGAUAUCACUAUAAAACUGAAGUUUAUAAAUGACGAUCAAAAAAUAGUUACGGGGAGUCUUAAAGAAAUGCUGGGCGAUUUUAAAAGGAGGCAUUUUCAAAUAGAAUUGGAAGCACGUAAAGCGGUACGAUUAGUAUUCAACGGACGCGUACUGCAACCUGACACUCAGACUCUCGAGCAGUGCGGCUUGUUCAACGAUUGCGUGGUUCAUUGUUGGGUGCAUCAACCGCGACCAGCUACCGUACCGUCGUCUACGUUAGAUAAUUCAUCGUCUAUUUAUUUCAAUUCCCAGCCGUUCUCGGAUCUGCCCACCGAUGCGGGGAUAAGUUCGGUACACAACGAGUGGGACUUGAGCCGGCUCCUUGUAAGCCUUCUAACGAUCAUCCUAGGUCUCGCGUGGUAUUCGCGGUAUCAUUACGCUCAACUUUUCACCGCGACAACCACGCUCGCGCUCUACGCGCUUACCGCAAUCUUCACGGUAUCUCUCUUUAGUAAUUUCUUUUCUGAUCAAGAUAACAUUCGGAACGUGGAAUGAUAUGAUGACGAUGAUGACGACGACUAUUACGAUCCCUUCUAAUACGAUUAUUUCUAAGUUGUAAUUUUAAUAAAAAAAGCACCUUAAAUACAAAUCGAUAUAAUAUACAUUGUAACGCGUACCACGUAUACUAUGAAUUUAAUGGAAUCAAUCAAACGGUAAUCUUCGUCGUCGAGGUGCUUUUAACGUAACAUUCUCGAGAUCAAGUUUAUCGUUGAUGAUAACGAGCUCACUAUAGUUUUGUGAUUUCCAUCUUUCUUGGUGUUACUCUCGAAGAUGUAAAACACUGAUUGCGAUAUUUCUAUUGAUCUACGUUUCUCUGUUGAAUUAUAAUUAAAUUCGUUAUAUACAAGAGGUGCGUUAAGUUGUGUCGCAUAAAUUCUAGUGUAGCGUUUCUUGCAGAAGAUUUCAAAAGAAAUUUUCUUUAUGAUGCAUGAUAGUAGAUGACGUAUCUGUCACUUAACAUAUAUUAAAAAUUAUAAUAUAUACGUUAUAGAUUAUAUGUCUAU